AUGUCGCUCAAGCAAGAAAUCGAAACAUGGGUGCAGGCCCUUGAGGCCUAUGACAAUCAGGAAUUUGAAGAGUCCCUGCGAUGCUUCUAUAUGAUUUCCGAUACAUCAAAGAUCUUGUUUAACUGUGGAGUGAUCUACGCAACGCUAGGCGAGCAUCAUAAAGCAGUAGAAUGCUAUCAACGUGCUGUCGGCCUAGACCGGUAUCUGGCAAUCGCUUACUUCCAGCAAGGUGUAUCUAAUUUCUUGCUCGGAGACUUCGAAGAAGCGUUGGCCAACUUUAAUGACACUUUGUUGUAUCUGCGAGGAAAUACUUCCAUCGACUAUGAACAGUUAGGUCUUCUAUUCCGCCUGUUCUCAUGCGAAGUCCUGUUCAAUCGGGGUCUAUGCUAUAUCUAUCUCCGCCAAAUGAACCCAGGCAUCCAGGACCUGGAGUAUGCAGCCAAGGAAAAGGUUACUCCAGACCACGAUGUGAUUGACGAUGCCAUUCGCGAGAAUGCAGAUGGCUAUACCGUCUUCUCAAUUCCAGUGGGAGUCCUCUACCGUCCCAACGCAGCCAAAGUCAAGAAUCUCAAGACAAAAGACUACCUAGGCAAGGCUCGACUAGUUGCGGCGUCGGACCGCAACCAAUCAUCAGAUCACCAAUGGAAUCCAAUAGUCAUUAAAGAAGCCCUCCAAAGCCGCGAAAAAGUCCCCUUCGCCACAUCCAACCUGGUACGCCACAAUCUCAGCAGCCGUACUCGUCAACAAUCCGAACCACCCCUAAGCCGCAACGUAUUCCCCCCAACACCGCCACCAGACGACCGAUCAGCCAGCACAGCAUCGGGGGUAUCCGGACACCACCGAUCAUCAUCACUGCGAAAUGUCCGUCCACCACGUCUGGACCUAGACCGCACAGGUGCCAGCCUAGACCGCCGACCCAACUCACAAGAACAGGCCUCCACCGAGAGACCACGGAUAGGAACGACGCGCACAGCCUCCGAGCCGCGCGGGCCCUCCUCCCGCCAAAACGUGCGCGGUUACCCACAGGAAAGCCGAGGCAGCAUGGCCCGCGAGCAAGCCGGCCACCGCAGAAACCUCAGCGACACAAACCCUUCCUUCCCACCGGAAUCCGAGUACGGCCCCGGCGACCCACACGACCCGUACUCAAGCCAGCGCAACCUAGCCCACGCAGGCUGGGGCCGCGGGUCCCGCCACCAACCACCGCAAUACAUCGACGAAGAGGAAGAAUACGGCAGCGACACAUGCGACGCAACAACCCUCCACGACGGCGGCUUCGAGCUCGUCGGUGCGACCCCUGGUCCAAGCCAGCAACGCCGCACCCGCUCUCCGGCGCGAUACUCCCGCCAUGCGAACCCGCGUAGGCCCGAGAUUCAGAAAUUCAGGACGAAAGUCCACGCCCCAGAUGAUACUAGGUAUAUCAUGAUCGGGCCGGAGAUCGAGUUCGGGGAAUUCGAAAAGCGCGUGCGGGAGAAGUUCGGCUUCAGGUGUCCUUUGAAGAUGAAGGUGCAGGAUGACGGGGACAUGAUUACCAUGGUGGACCAGGAAGAUUUGGAUUUGCUAGUUAGUUCGGCGAAGGAGGUUGCUCGGCGGGAGGGGAGUGAGAUGGGGAAGAUCGAGAUAUGGGUCGAAGAGCGCUCAAUGAUUUGA